AUGGACAGAGCAGCAACAGCAAGCAUGAGGAGGUGUUUAAGGAGUGGCAAAGCCUUACGAUGUGCCACCUCAGCAAUUAGAUCACGCUGCGUUGCAACAGCAAUCUGCCCUGCACGUUCUGUAGCUACCACUUCUGCCUUGGGUUCAAAUCCCUUUCCCAAGACUCGCCGCCAGCCUACCUCACUCCUUUCCCAAUCACAGAAUCAACAGAGCCCCCUCCGCAGAGGAUACACUACACCCUCAUCCGCUUCAACACCACAAGGCACAAUCGGCUCUGGCUCCGCCGGCGUAGUCGAGGAAGCUGCCCGCGAGCAAGAGAUCCUGCAAGCUCCCCAACAUUUGAACGAUAAAGAACGCCAGAUCUGGGAGAUGCUGAUGCGGGAAUUGCAGUGUACGAGUUUAGAGGUGCAGGACAUCAGUGGUGGUUGUGGGAGUAUGUAUGGGAUUGACAUUGUCAGUGAGAAGUUUAGAGGGUUGGGGAUGUUGAAGCAGCAGAGGUUGGUCAAUCAGGUCUUGGGUGAGGAGAUUAAGGGCUGGCAUGGGGUACAGUUGAAGACUAGGGCGCCAGAUGUAUAG